UUUAAAAUUCCGUAUGCCUAAAAAUUUGAUGCAAGUGAAAACUAAAUCACUAGAAAAGAACACAUAACACAACAAACCCUAAUUUAUUCUCUCAAGCCUCCAUUGCCCUUGCAGCCUCGCAGCCUUCUUCUUCCUCUUAAUCCGAAUCUACCAGACUGAGAUUCUUCAUUCAAGUAGCUGAAAAGUUCUCCACUCUCAAGAACUGGGAAAUUAGGAAACCUAGGAGAAAAAGGGCUUGGGGUUGACAGGGUUGGGACUUAUACAUUAUCUUGAAGACUAGUAAAAGUUAAACUAUAGGUAAUUAUGCAUAUUGAAAGUAAAAAGAGGGAUUUACCAGAUCCGUGGUACCGUGAUAUAAGGGAGGCCUCUUGCACCGCUGAUGAUAUGAAUUACAUAAUGAACUAUGCUAUGAAGCAACCAAAGUUCUCUAGAUUUUUUGAGAAUUUGGAUUUGGAUAUUUAUACAAAGAGAGCUGCUUUGAGAGCUUCUGUUUCUGUUGUCAGUCUUAUUUCUUAUUCAGGUGGAGAUGAGAUUUUUCAGGGUUCUGGAACUGUUAUAGAAAGUGAUGAUACUGGUGGUAUUAUAUUAACCUCUGCCGAUCUCAUUAGGUCUCCAUUAAGUGGAAAUUCUAUUGCAGAUGCUAUAAAGGUGGUUGUGCAUUUAUCAGAUGAUGUGUUGCUUGAUGGUCAAAUCGUAGCAUUUGACUUCCAUUAUAAUAUUGUUGUCGUGAAAAUUCAGACAAAAGCUCCACUAACAAUUGCAUGUCUAAGACACUUGGAUGAUUCCAUCACUGUUGAUCCGAGUGAGGUUGUUCAAGAUAAGCCAUUUCAGCUUCGUCCACAUUCAAAUUCAUAUAAUCUUAUUCCUGGAGAUAGAGUAAUUGCUCUUGGCCGUUAUUUUGUAAAGCCGCAUGCUCUAAUGGCUGCUCCUGGUGAAUUUAGCAUCAAUCAGUGUGAAUACCAGUGCAAAGAACUUUUCAGGGCGAAUUGCAGUAUCACUAGAUGUGGUGUUGGUGGGCCACUAAUCAACCGUUAUGGAGAAGUUAUUGGAAUUUGCUUUUAUGACUGCUGUCAUACUCCUUUUUUGCCGGUCAAUCUAGCUUCCAAAUGGUGGAAUCGUUACAAGAAAUAUGGGGAAACUCGUCGACCUUGGCUUGCGAUGGAACUUACCAAUCUUUAUGCAGUUAGACUAGAUAUUCUGGAGAAGAUCAUUCAGAAGUUCCCCAACACCUUCAAGGGUGUUAUGGUUGAAGAGGUUAUACCAGGCUCUUCUGCUCACUCAGCUGGGAUACGUCCCAACGACGUUAUUGUUCAGUUUGGUGGAAAAACUAUUCUGAGUUUUUUGGAGUUGCUGGAGGUAAUGUGGGAUAAAGUUGGGGAUCCUGUGGAGUUGGUUGUGCUACGAGCAAGUGAUGGUGUUCGUUUGCAUUUUAGCAUGGUGGUGGAUGAGGCUACACCAGAAAAAUUUUAUAGCUGGCCGCUCUUGAAUAAUGCACGCUGAACGCUGGAGGAUAGGCGCCAUUCCUAGAAGUCAUAGGUUUGCAUGGCAGAUGGGCAGGCACUCCGCCUCUCCAAGGGCUUUUGGGGAAUCAUUUUUGGUAGUAGCAUAAGGAAAUAUUAGUGUCUUUUGUUGUUUAGAACAGUGGUAUUUGUAAUUUCAACUGUCAAAACCUCUCAACUUAUUUUUGUUAGGAACAGCAACCAGGUGGAGCAGGGUUAACUUAUUUUGUUAGGAACUGCAACCGGAGCAGGGGUAACUUAUUUUGUUAGGAAUAGCAACCGGGUGGGAGGGUUGAUUUUUUGCCCUUCCCAUGCCUGCCGUUGGUAGAUUAUUAGGGUUAGAAAGGUGGUUGCAGCAGCUAUUAUUUUUAUAACUUUUGUAUUUAUCAGAAGUGGUAUUACUAUUGAUCAUGCUCACAGCUUAUAGUA